UUCUCUUGUGCAGAGAAGCGCCAAACCGCUCUUUAAUUCACCCUGGCAACGGCUGACAGACGCUAUGGCAACCACUUCAGAGAGAAUCUCUUACUGACAACUAGCUAAGCCCAGUAUUUUUAUUAUAUGUAUUAUGAUUAUGAAAAUAACAGUGUGUAGAGCGUGUGUAAAAGAUGUCAGAACUAGCUAUUCUGUGAAAUUAGCCUGAUUACAUGCGUUUGAAGCGGUAGCAGGAGAAAAGAAAGAGGAUGAGUCAAACUGCUACAAAAAGUGUCUCUGCUUGAUUGAGCGUCGCAUUUUUUCAAUAUUCCGCAUUUGAUUUGAAUUAAGCAACAAGCGCUUCACUUCGACUGCGGGAAUGAUUUAACAAUCUGUGAAGCUUUUAGACGUUUUCAGGGAUGUUUGGCAGGGAACAUAAACGUUACUGACCGACAGCCUCUAACAUUCCCUGGUAAGUUAGAUUGAUAGUAGUGAAGAAACUUCGCACAUGUCUGACUGGAAAAACGCUUUCGAGAGAAACCGCGUGAUCCCACCUCACAGUCAAACCGCCAGACAGGCUCCAGGAUCUUCUCAAGGUCUACAGCUGGUCUUCAAACAGAUCGAUGGACUUCACAUAAGACAGUCAGAGUCGCCACCAUCACUCCAGUAUCAGCUGCGCGUGACCCUGUUUGACUUGGGUCAUCAGCACUUCUUCGGCCGCACAUGGAAGAGCGGCUCUCACUCUGUCAGUGGCACGUCAGGUCAGAGCGGUCGAGUGCUUUUCAAUGAGGUUGUUUACUUCCACACUUCCCUGUGUCUGAACGCUGUGGUGGCAGUGGUGGAGUUGGUGUCUCUGUCUACCAGGGCAGACGGUUCCCAGGAUGCAGUGGGGUCAGGGUUUGGAAUCCUUCAGCUCUUCACAGGUCGCGCAGACAAAAGCAUCACUCAGGGAGAGGGCAGGUUGAGUCUGUUCAAUGGGACCCCCAGAGCCCUCCUGCACCCAACGCUGAAAGACCCUCUGCAGUUGAAUGCUGUAUUAUCAGUGAUGGAGGGCUCUCAGUUGCUCUACUCCAUACAGCCACACCCAGCUCUCACUCCCAUCAUGCACCUCCUCCCACCAAACAUUCUAGUAUCUGGACAUGACCGCAUCCCUGAGAAUUAUUCCAGUGAUAUUUCUCUCUCUCUCUCUCGCCCUCAUUAUAAACCGAUGAGCAGAUGUAGAAAUGGGAUUCCUCUGGAGCAGGUUUCUCUUUGAACUGCAUCUGAAAUGUUUGAGUGGUACAUUCUGCAUCCUCCUGGGCCUCCACACAGACUGAAAGUAGAGAAAGAGAGAUGUUUCCCCCUGACAGUUAAUACGGUUAAUAAGACAUGAUUCAAAGCAUUUCAUUGCAAGAUCCAAAAGCAAUAUAUUCCGUCUGAUUAUAAACUUUUCUUGAGUGGGUGUUAUAAAAGCCAAAUUUCACUAGCCGCCUCUUGAUUUUAUUGCUUUAAUUGUAUCUAAGUGAAAAAUCACCUUCAAUUUCCCAGUAGUCUUAGCAC